AUGAAGUUAAUAAGCCAAUCGAAGGGCACCAGCUCUUCAGAGGUGUGCUUAGUGGUCGUCGCACAAGACAAGGAAGACCUCUUUACGCUCUAUAAUAUUAUCAACACCGAUGAUGAACUGAUAUUCAAAAAGAAGCUAACCUUAAAGUUGGAUGAGGCAGGAAAGAAGAAGUCGACUGAACUCGUGCGGUUGCGUGUGAAGGUAGUAUCCUCAGAGUUUGAACCACAACACGAAUUUUUAAAGUACAAAGGAAUUACUACGGAGGACGAUGCUGGUAAGGCCAAUGUGGAUGUCGCCCUGGGCAAAUUCUUCAGCUUUACAGUUGAUUACCAGUAUCCUUUUACAAUCAUUAAGAAAGACUUUAAUUCUUACUGUCAGAAGCUGAUAAAUGAAGCCUGCAACCUAGAAAGUCGUUCAGAUAUGGCUGCCGUUGUACUACAGGAAGGUUUAGCUCAUAUCUGUCUACUGAGUAGCUUUUCGACUAUUCUGAAGCAAAAAGUAGAAUACUCACUGCCCAAGAAGAAGAGGUCGGUGGACGUGUUGAAAUUUGAUGAAAAGACAGAGAAGUUCUACAAAGCUAUCUAUAAUGCAAUGCUGAAGCACUUUGACCUAUCCCAGUUAAAAGCAGUGAUUUUAUGUUCACCAGGAUUCUAUGCCAAAACUUUGUAUGAGAAAAUACUUCAGUAUGCCCAAACCAAUCAGGAGAAAACAGUAAUAGACAAUAAAGACAAAUUUCUAGUCGCACACUGCUCUACUGGUUACUUACAGGGCAUAUCAGAGGUGCUCCGUGAUCCAGCUUACUCACAGAAAUUACAGAAUACCAAAAAUUCUGGACAGCUACAAGUGAUGGACGCAUUUUUGAAGCAUUUGAAUGACGAUGAUAAUAAAUCGUGGUAUGGUGAAGCUGAAAUCACGAAGGCUUGUGAAUUUGGCGCUAUCGAAACGUUGUUGAUUACGGACGAUUGGUUGAGGGCUGACAGCGUUUCUGUUCGGAACAAAUCAUUAAAAUUGAUUAAGGACGUGGAAAAUAUGGGUGGGAAGGUGUGCGUGUUUAGUUCAAUGCAUUCUUCAGGUGAGGAACUGAAUAGUCUAACUGGAUUGGCUUGUAUUCUAAAGUACCCAAUACCGGACCUUGAUGAACACGAAGAUGAAGACUAA